CUAUCCCGAGGCUCCCUGCCACGCAGAACUCUGCUUCCUCUCUUGGUUCUAUGACCAGAAUCUGUCCCCUGACGAGCAUUACCAUGUCACCUGGUUCUUAUCCUGGAGCCCCUGCCCCACCUGUGCAGAGGAGGUGGUCAGAUUCCUGAGGGAAUACAGGAACGUGACGCUGAGCAUCUCCACCGCCCGCCUCUACUACUUCUGGCUCCCAGAUUUCCAGGACGGGCUUCACAGGCUAUGGACUGCAGGAGUCCACCUGCACAUCAUGUCCUUUGAAGAUUAUGAAUACUGUUGGGACAACUUUGUGGACCACAGGGGGAUGCGCUUCCAGAGUCGGAAUCUAUUAAGAGAUAAUGAUUUGCUGGCCACAGAGCUUGAGAAUAUUCUUAGAACCACAAUGAAUCCACUACAAAAAGAAAUAUUCUUCUAUCAGUUCGGCAACCAACCCCGGGCCCCAAAGCCCUACCACCGGAGGACGACCUACUUGUGCUACCAGCUGAAGCCACAUGAAGGCCCCAUAAUUGCCAGAGUCUGCCUUCAAAACAAGAAGAAGCGCCAUGCAGAAAUUCGCUUUAUUGACAAUAUCAAGGCACUACGACUGGACACAUCCCAGAGAUUCGAAAUCACCUGCUAUGUCACGUGGAGCCCCUGCCCCACCUGUGCGAAGGAACUGGUUGCGUUUGUCAGAGACCACCGCCACAUCAGCCUGCGGCUCUUUGCCUCCCGCCUGUAUUUCCACUGGCUCAGGGAGAAUAAGAAGGGGCUGAAGCGUCUGCACGCAUCCAGGAUCCCAGUGGCUGUCAUGAGCUCCCUGGAGUUUGAGGACUGCUGGAAGGAGUUUGUGGACAACCAGGGCAAGCCUUUCCAGCCCUGGAACAAGCUGGAACAGUACAGUGAAAGCAUAACCCGUCGGCUCCGGAAGAUCCUUGAGCCACAGAAUGAUUUAGAGAAUGAAUUCAGAAAUUUGCAACUUCAAUGACCAUCAACCCCCUACCCCGUUCCUGGAGCAGUCUUGAUGCUUCAUAAACUGCUGACUUUUAGGAGCAACUUGUGAGUUCCACAGGCAUACCUGAGCCUCCCCCGAGUCCAGAAAACCUUCCUUGCCUCCUUCAUUCUUUUGUUUCUUUUUUUUUUUCUUAAAUAAGUGGGUAUAUAUUUUUAUAACUGAAAAGAUAAAAAUAAUUUUUAAGUUUGUAAAACUUGGGUUAUUUUCUAAAAGGGAGAUCAGGACUUUCCCUCAUAAAAAAUGAGUAUAAAGGACUUUUUAUCCUACUGCACCAAGAAAAAAACGUAUUUGAGAAUUCCCUCUAAAGUCUAGAAUAGUUGGGGGCGCCUGGGUGGCUCAGUUGGUUGGGCGACUGCCUU